AUGAGUGAAAGAUAUCCGAGUGGAGCAAAAAAGAGGAAAUUGAAAAAAGAUCGUGAAGCAUCAAAUGAAAAGGUUUUGAAGUCAAUCCCACAGCUAUCAACCUUUGGGUUUAAACCUGAAGCAAGAGAUGCCCAAAGAGAAUCGAAUUCCAAUCAAUCUAGUGAGAAAUUAGACAAAGACGAUACUAGCCUAGGUUUUAACAAUGAUACGUCGGAUAAUUCUGUUAAUGAGGCCGUAGUUGAUCCAGAUGAAACACAUGGUGGAAAUGGAAAUGCCGAUUCCAGAGAAGGCACUAGUGUAAAUGAACAUGAAGUGGACAACAAGCAAGUCUUGCAAUCAGUAUCAGAAUUCGAGACCGAUCCAUCUUACUGGACUUUCAUUUCCUUGGAAAUGAAACGUUACUGUGCAGUACAUGGACCAAAACAAUGCCAAAACAGAGAUGUAUCAUUUUUCAAGUCAAGUCGACAAUACAAAGUGAAUGAUAACAAAAUGAAAACAAGGUGCUUCAGUGCUUCUUUGCUGAAGAUAAAGUUAUCAAAUGCUGAAGAGAUUGACAGAGAUUGGCUUUUGUAUUCCCAAAGUUCGGGCAAAGUGUUCUGCUUUUAUUGUAAACUGUUUGGAGGGUCUAACACAACAGCUUUAGCAAGCUCUGGAUUUGAUGAUUGGAAGCAUCCUGAAUCAAUUUCCCAACACGAGAGGUCAGACGCGCAUUUCGAAAACGUGAAGUUAUGUACAGCAUUUGCAAAUGGGGAAGGGUGGUUAAUUGAAUCACAACAUAUCAAACUUCUUCAACAAGAAGAAGAACGUUGGAAAGGUGUUAUUAUUAGAGUCAUUGAGGCUGUUAGAUUUCUAGCUGAACGAGGAUUAGCAUUUCGUGGAGAUUCGCAUGUUAUUGGACAUCCAAAAAACGGAAAAUUUCUUGGUAUUAUUGAAUUACUGUCCAAAUUUGACCCAUUUUUAGCCAGGCAUCUUGCUCGCUAUGGUAACAAAGGAACUGGAAAACCCUCAUAUUUGUCACAAAGAAUCAUGGAAGAAGUAAUUUUGAUGCUAUCAUCUGAAGUAACAAAAUUAAUUCUGAUAUCAAUUUCUAACGCAAAAUACUUUUUGAUAAUUGUGGACUCUACUUCGGACGUAUCUCACAUUGAUCAACUAACAUUUGUACUAAGAUAUAUCGAAGAUGGAGAGCCGGUGGAAAGAUUUAUCACUUUUACACCAAUAAAGUCUCAUAAAAGCGAAUCUUUGACAACUGCUAUCAUUGAAACAUUGAACUCGUUAAAUCUGGAUAUUAAAUAUUGUUGCGGUCAGUCUUAUGACAAUGCGUCAAACAUGUCUGGAAAAUAUUUUGGAGUUCAGGCAAGAAUAAAAGAAAUUAACAAAUGUGCCCUUUAUGUUCCCUGCACAAGCCAUUCCUUAAAUUCAGUGGGAAAUGCUGCAGCCCAAUGCUGCUUACAAGCAGUAUCCUUUUUCUCAACUGUACAAGAGGUGUAUACAUUUUUAGCAGCCUCCACGCAUCGCUGGAACACUAUGCAAUCAAAGCUCUCCAAAAGCGAAUUGGUUGUUAAAAAGAUAUGUGAUACUCGCUGGUCUGCAAGACAUGAUGCUAUAAGAGCAUUAUUUCUGGCACCACGUUCUAUAAAAGAAACUCUGGAUGAAAUUGCACUUGAUGAAGAUCAAACAUUGUCCACUAGAAAUGACGCAACAUCCUUAUCAGAAAAACUCGAAUCUUUUGAGUUUGCGUUGAUGGCUGUGUUUUGGGAUGAUCUUCUAAAGCGAAUAUGCAUAAGUAACUUGUCACUUCAAACAGUGAGCCUGACGAUGCCUUCUGCAAUCGACCUAUUGAACAGUCUUGAGCUAUUCAUUUCGGUGAUGCGAAAUAGAGAAGAAUACCAACGGUAUCUUGAUAAGGCCCAAACGUUUCUAGACAGCACCGAACAGCAAUUCAAAGAUGAAUGA